CGGAGGUUUGAUACCAGAGCCAUUUUUGUCCUUGGUGAAGUCUUUCUGUGACUGUCUUAUGCAUCAGUCACAGUCUUUCAAACUAAAUCAGACGAAGGAAGAUAGUUUAAACAAGUUCUUCAAGUUCUUUUCUUCAUAUUCCAGCAGACGCUGAGGACGUUUGUUUACGACGUGUUUCUGCUCGCGGACCUUCGUUGUGCGACAUUGAGUCAAAAUAACACACAAAGCAGCAAAAGCUGGCAACAACACAGAGAACUUUAGACGCAGACCAACCUUCCCACAUCAGUGCCAAUGGGACGCUAUAAAUACUGAGCAACAGGCUCAGUCAGAGUCUCAGGCAUCAAACCAGGAUCACUGAGCUACCAAAGGACUCCUCCUUAUUUUGUAUCAUCAUGAGGGGGUUUGUACUCGUCCUUGCGCUGGCAGUCCUGUCAGGAUGCCAAGCAAGAAGCGUGACUCAGGACUGGGCUCAAGUCAGUUUUGUAGAACCCCUGAUUUACGAUGAUUAUUAUGAUUUUGAAAUCACUGAUAGCCCCCAGAUCAGCACAGAACUGGGCACCCUGGUCCAUGACAGCGUGUCAGAGCUGACCAUGCACUGGGAAGACCUGCACACCAAGCUGGCCGACAGACUGCGCACUCAAAUAGCCGACGCCCAGGAGCAGAUGGACAAGUACACCCAGGAGCUGCAGACCACGAUGGAGCAGAACGUGGAGGACGUCAGCGCCAGAAUGACUAGCUACACCAGCAAACUGAUGGAACGCCUGAGCAAGGACAAGCCGGAGAUCAAGAAGAACAUGACCGACUUCUUCAAGAAGCUUCACUCUCGCACCUCCAACAAAAUGGAGGAGGUGCAGGACAACGCCCAGGCCAAGAUCACCACCCUCAACGAGCUGCUGAAGACUCAGGUGGACAACAUCAAGGACACGAUGAACACCACAGCCAACACCAUCAGGGACCGAGUGAAAAACAUGGAAUCCAACAUGGAGGAGCACAUAGAGAAGGUGCGCAAGUGGUUCCAGCCCUACGUCGCCAUGUUUAGUUAAACCCUGAGAACCUCAUCUGUCACCAGUGUAAAUGAAACAUUUGUUAUAUUACUAAUGUCAAGCACAGUGUGAAUGUUCUGCUCUGUCACUUUAAUAAAAGCCAACUGCCCUUGUGA